GGUGUGUUGGUCCCGGUCGGUGGAAUUGAUAUCGUCUUUGUUCGCCCGCUGUCUUCGUCUUGGUCGUCGUCGUCGUCGUCGUCGUUGUCGGUUGGGUUGGUGUCUUUGAGUUGAGAGAUGACGGUGAGGUGGGUUGAAUGAAGGAAAAGUACCACGCCCCAAGUGGAAGGAAGAAGUCCCUUAUUUUUGCGGAAUUUUCAACCGAGAAAAUCAUGAAUGUCCUGAAAAAUGAACGUGAAUGGAGAUGCUCACAGCUGUGAGUGAGUAGUAACAGCUGUCACUAGCAGGUGACGGAACCUUUUCCUGGUGGAUAGGGGGGAAUGGGGUUACUCGGAAAGGGGUGCCGCUGUGAAUAUUGUACAUUUGCCUGUGAUAAGUAACUAACCAGUUAUGCUACUGUAGGAAGAAGGUGCUAUACAAGUUGAAGUGAGCAGGAAGAAAUAGUAAACGAGCCAUGAUCCUGAAGGGUGGUGGAGCGAAUCGACGCUGGUGCUUCGAUCCUUGGAUGCUAUUGUUGUGGAUUGUUGCGCUCGCAGUGGAAGAAUGCCGGCAGGUGGGUGCCCUGCGAUUGACCGACAUCACCGUGCCGGAAGUUGCGGACUAUCGGGCGACGGUUUCACUGUCCUGUUCCUACGAUCUGGGGUCGCAGAAGCUCAACUCAGUCAAGUGGUACAAAGGAAACCGGGAGUUUUUCAGGUACGUCCCGCUGCUGAACCCCCAGAUGAAGACCUUCCCGGUCGACGGGGUGGUGCUGACCAAUGAUAACCUGUGCAACCAGUUCGUGUGUCAGAUACGGCUGACCAAUCUGGAGCGCCGUUCCGUUGGUGAGUAUCGGUGUGAAAUUUCCGGCGAUGCACCGCAGUUCGCCCUGGCCAACGGCAGCCGAAACAUGACCGUCGAAGUGCUGCCCCAGCACGAUCCAAUCAUUAGUGGUCUCGCGGCAACCUACUAUCCGGGGGAGGCGAUUGAGGCCAAUUGCACCUCGGACUUGUCCAGCCUCGGUACGAGCCUGUACUUUUUCGUGAACGAAAAAGCGAUUCCUAUCGAGUACCUUCAACCGCUGCAGGAGACCACUCUGGAGAGCGACAGUUUCCUAUUGCGGUAUCGAACGUUGGAGAUGCACCUUCCGGUGGAUAAACUUUUUCCCAAGGGGGUGGAUCAUGCGGCCUUGCACAUCAAAUGCAUAUCCGCCAUCGAUUCGUUGCGGACGGCCAGGCGCGAAACGACCACAGUUGUUGCCGUUCGGAGCCACCACUGGUCCUGGAUCAUCGCUAGCAUGAGCAACGCCGGUGCCGGCGGUGUCCACCGGAGCAGAUUUUUCCAGUGGAGUAACAUCGCUCCGCUCCUACUGUUGCCGCUAAUCGCCAAUUUGCUCAAUUUAGCUCUCAACUCAUCACUACCAUGAUGUUCGUCGUCGUCGUCGUCAUCACCGUCGUCUUUCGGUGGAACUUAGUCUUCUGGAAACAUUCUAAUCGAAGGAAUCAUCACCGGAAAAACACGUGCACGCAUCCCAGUUCGGCUCCAAUGUUUGGUGCGGAGAGGCGGAGAAUUCAAUCGCACCCCAUCGCGUAAUCAAAAAGCUCAAGCCUAAUUCAAUUGAACCGGCUGGAAAAGUUUACCCACAUACAACUCACUAGCACUGUCACACACACACACGCAGACACACUUACACGCACACAUGGAUUCCUUCAAACACUC